UGUGUAGUAACGGGGAAGGCGAGUGUGUGAAGCCUGAUAAUGAUGGCGGUUGUUAAGAAGACGUGAAGAAAGCUCGUGUGAUCCUUAAAUUCUGUUCUAUUCCUUGGAAUCCUUAAUUAAAGAACAUUGAUUAAGAAGCACAAAAGGCAAGAUGAUUCAAGUGGGGAUGUUCAACAUGCCCCCACCCCCCAUUCCCCAGGGGAAGCCCCCACCCCCGGGAGUGGGAACUCAACAGUUCCAGCCACUGUCAUUCAAACCCUUCAAAGCUCCAGAUGGCGAAUUUGAUGGCAAAAGGCUUCGGAAGAGUGUCAUGCGGAAGACUGUCGAUUAUAACUGCUCUGUUGUAAAUAUGUUAGAAAAUCGUGUGUGGCAGAGAGACGAGCGUGACCGCUGUACACUUCAAGCAGAUGUUUGUUAUGCUUCAGAAAUACUUCCACCUAUUGCAUAUCCUGUGAAUCCAAUUAAUGCCGUCGUUACCAAGUUCGUGCGCACUUCUACAAAUAAAGCCAAGUGUCCCAUCUUCUGUCUGGCAUGGACACCAGAGGGUCGACGCCUGGUGACAGGAGCCUCAUCAGGGGAAUUCACUCUCUGGAAUGGUCUCACCUUCAACUUCGAAACUAUAUUACAGGCUCAUGACAGCAGUGUGCGGACGAUGGUAUGGUCUCAUAACGACCAGUGGAUGGUGACUGGCGACACUGGUGGUUUUGUCAAAUACUGGCAGACGAAUAUGAACAAUGUGAAGCUCUUCCAGGCUCAUAAGGAUCCUGUGCGUGGUCUCAGUUUUUCCCCAAGUGACCAGAAGUUUGCCACUGGCUCAGAUGACGGAACAGUUAGGAUAUGGGACUUUUACCGCUGUUAUGAAGAAAAAAUUCUUAGAGGUCAUGGCGCAGAUGUUAAGUGUGUGGACUGGCACCCAUCUAAAAGCUUGCUUGCGUCUGGCAGUAAAGACAACCAACAGCCCAUCAAACUCUGGGAUCCUCGUUCUGGUCAACCACUUGCAAAAUUACAUGCCCACAAAAGCACAGUGAUGGACUUGAAAUGGAAUGCAAAUGGAAACUGGCUGUGCUCAGCCUCCAGAGAUCAUCUUCUGAAACUUUUUGAUAUUCGUAAUCUGUCCACAGAAUUUCAGGUAUUUCGAGGUCACAAAAAAGAAGCAUCAUGCAUUGGCUGGCACCCUCAUCAUGAGGGUCUGUUUGCAAGUGGAGGCUCUGAUGGCUCCAUAUUGUUCUGGCAUGUUGGGAAUGAUAAGGAAGUUGGAGCUAUUGAAUCUGCCCAUGAUGGCAUCAUCUGGGACCUGGCAUGGCAUCCUCUUGGUCAUAUUCUCUGCUCGGGCUCCAACGAUCACACCUCAAAGUUCUGGACAAGAAAUCGUCCUGGUGACAAAAUGAGAGACAAGUACAACCUGAACACAUUACCUGCUGGAGUACUUGCUGAUGACUCAAUGGAUAUUGAUGAUAUUCCAAUUGGUACGGGCUUAACCUCCCAAGGAGUUAUUCCUGGCAUGGGCCCUGAAGACAAGGUAGAGGAAGCAGAGUCUACCGGGCCAGAAACUAUUCCUGGCUUAGACUUUGAUAGUUCUGGAUUUGAUAGGUUUUCUAAGAAGACUCCUUAUGCCAAGCCUAUCCCCAAGACUUUUCAGGCUGCCUGGAACGCUGCCGGAGGGCUGGAUGAAGAGAUGGAGGAAGAGAACAGUGCGACUAGUUGGGUGGUGACGGACAGUGCUGCCUUGUUCAGUUUGCCAGCCAACAUAGAGGGAGAGUUGGUUUACACCGAUGAUGGCGAUGAGCUCCCUGCUGGCUCUGUACCACUUAAUACUAUUAAAGCAAACUCUAUUCUCUAUUGCGGAUUUCUAAUACCACUUGAGAAAGUGUCAGGUGACGUAAUCCAAAAGGCUUUUACUACGAUGGAGGAGGAAGAAGCCAUUGCAGAAGUCACCGGUGACUAUGAGUUUGCUAGGAAACUUAUCAAGGAAAAGAAUCAGCUACUUAAUCCUAAUGCAAGCACUGAAGAAUCUACAGAAAAGAAAACUGGAGGGUUCCAGCAGGGCCAGUUUAGUGAACCGAACCCUCAGCCCACCACCACAAAUACCAAUAAUAACAGCAGCAAUAACUUCAUAACCAGUCCUCGUAAUUUUGGUACUCCGAGAGGUAACUUCAGAAACCAUUCUGAUGCAGGAUUUAAUCGUGGAGGGCAACGAGGAGCUUGGCCUCAUAGAGGGAACCCUAGAGGUGGUUAUGGUUUAGGAAUGAGUGGAUCAAGGUUCACAAAUGAACAUAGUGAACAAGGCUAUGAAAAUGAAUGGAGCCAUGAGAACCAAAAUAAUGGUGAUAAUAUUAAUAAUGGUGGAGGAGAAAGGGGCAACAUGGAUGACAGAGCACAAAGCUGGGGUCGAGGUCGUGGCCGAGGAAGAGGUCGUGGAGGGUUCAAAGAUUUUGGAAAUUUCGAGGAGGAUGAACGUGGAAAUUGGGGUAGACCCAACCACUGGCGAGGGAGAGGAGGAAUGCGAGGUGGUGGUGUGGACGAGAGUUCAGGAGGUAGGGGAGGAGGAGUAGGAGGAAUGGGGAUAGACCAUGGUGGUGGUGGUGGUGGUGGAGACAGAGGUGGGGAUAGGGGUGGAGGUGGAUCUGCUUGGCAUAAUGAUGAUAGUUCAUGGAAUGGUAAAGGUGGAAACUUCAAUAACAAUCAGGAAGGAGGGUGGGAUAAUGAGGAAGGAAAUUACGGUGGUCAUGGGGGACGGGGUGUUUCUUGGAGAGGACGAGGAAGGUCAUUUAGAGGAGGGGGGGAUUUCCAAUAUGGAGGAAGGGGUGGGAGGGGAGAUUUCCAAAGAGGAAGGAGUAGAGGAGGCGACUUUCAACGUGGACGGAGUAGGGGCGGGCCACCACGGGGAAGAGGCAGAGGUGAAGGUGGCGGUGGAUGGGACAAUUUCCAGUAAUACUGUAUAUUUUUUCAUACACUGUGUGUGUGUCUAGUUCAUAAGUUCAUAUGAGGAAUAAAGGUGUUCAGGUUUGUUGAUACUGUCAUAGUUUCUUGGUGAUCAGUCUGUUUCUCCCAUUUAUUUAUUUGUACACUAAAUACUGAGCAAGUUACUGUGAAUGUGCAGAAUGCUAUGUAUAUAUAUUUGUACAGCAUUAUGUAAUGAUUCAGUAUUAUAACUUUUUGGCAUUUUUAUUUAUGUAAAAAUUCAAGUAUUGUACAAAAUUUGUAAUUUAUAACUAAAUUGCACAUUAUGUAAAUAAGGAUAAUUUGAGAAAUCCACUUCCUUGUCUUGAAGGAAGCAACAUUCCUGUAUCACCAAUGAGAUUCACUCAUUUGAUUAUAUCUAUUUUAUCAUCAUCAUCACCAGAGGAGAUAUGUACAAAUUUUACACAUCCAUCAUACUUCAGACUUGUCCAGAUGGGUAUGAUCAUACCAUUCAUUAUUCAGUAGGUUUUUAGUACUUCAGAUCAUUUUCAAUGUCAAGUUUAUAUUACAGUGGGUGAAUGCAAUCAUGAUCACAGGUACAGGGAACACCUGCUAGCCAUGGCCAGAAUGCUUUACCAUUAACUGAAAUGUACUGAACAUGUCUGUGGCAAAAUGUUGGUUGUUCAUGCAUUUGAAAUUAAACAAGUAUUUAUUAGGUAUUUAAAUAGUUUCAAAUGAUACUUAAAAAAAAAAAAAAGAGCCAAAAUUAAUUUUUCAUGAAAUUCUGAAAAAUAUAUUGCUGAUCUUUAAUAAAUUAGUAUUGGAGUACAUGUUCGAGUUACACCAUAUUAGGUCUUGUGUGCAUCCAAUUUGCAAAAAAACAAAAAACAAAAAAAAAAAGCUUUCAAAACUAGUCUUGUUUACAAGACAUGAAAGAGAAGAAUCUCAAGAUAAAAAUAUAGCUACUGGUUCCAUAAUACCAGAUCAUAGUUUAUUGAAGCAACCAUUUAUUUUGGUUGCAUGUGGCCUUGUAUAUUUUCUGAUAUCUUUGAAAGAAUAAGUACCAACAGCCAAUAAAACAGCAUGUUUACAUAAUGCUUCAGUAUUCUGGCCUGUUGUACUUGCAAUUUAUAUAACUUGUGUUGUCAAAAAUUAUUUGUUUAAUAAAUAUUUGCCAAUUA